AUGGAUUGUCAGUGCACCUGCACCUCUCCUGAUCAUCCAAACGAAAAAUUUACUGCCACUAUAAGUAAGGAUAUUUUUACUUUCAAUGCUAUGAAAAUGGAUAAAGAGAUCGCGCCACGUCGAAGUGAGAUGAUUAAUACUAAAACUGACAUAAAGAGUCGAAGUCAGAUGGCUAAAACGAAAACUGCGAAAAAUACAAAUGCCAUACUUAGAGACACAGCAAAGCAACCAGUAGCAAACAAAGAAAAGAACAAACUCAACAGCGUAUGGGAUACAAUAGGUAUAAAACAGAAAAAGGAGACAAACCCAAAGAAAGUGGAUAAUUCUGUUAUUAAUAAACAGGACAAUUACAAUGUUUGGAAAAGUUUGAAUAUACCAACGAAAAAGAGUAUAGGUUCAAACACUAACGUAUGGGGACUUAUCAAAGGUGUAGGGAAAAGUCACAACAAUGCAAACAGUUCCCCACAAAUUAUGAAUCAAGUGGAUCAUACAAUUAUAAGCAACGAAUUUAAUAGCAUUAUUCAAUCAACUGGAAAUACUAAUCAAAGAAAUAAUAAUAAUUGGAUGCAGCAGAACAACAGACACAACCAUAAGGACCACAUGGUUCAAAACUUCAGGGAUCAUAGAAACAAUCAUCAUGUGAAUACAAUGAACAAUUAUCAUGGUAGCAACAUGCGGCAUGGUUCAAAUAUGAAUCACGGAACAAAUACUGGGCAUGGAACAAACAUUAUUCACGGAACAAACGUAAAUCACGGAACAAAUACUGGGCAUGGAACAAACAUUAUUCACGGAACAAACGUAAAUCACGGAACAAAUACUGGGCAUGGAACAAAAAUAAAUUACGGAACAAGCGUAAAUCACGGAACAAAUACUGGGCAUGGAAUAAACAUAAAUCAGAGAACAAAUAUUGGUCACGGAACAAAUAUUGGUCACGGAACAGAUAUGAAUCACGGAACAAAUAUGAAUCACGGAACACGUAUAAAUCACGGAACACAUAUUGGUUACGAUUCCAACAAUUAUCAUGUCACCAACAAAAACCAUGGAAACAACAAUUAUCAUGGCACUAACAAUAAUCAUGAUAGCAAUCAGAAUAAUCAUGAUGGCAAUCAGAAUAAUCAUGAUGGCAAUCACAAUAAUUAUGAUGGCAAUCACAAUAACCAUGGGAAUUCAUGGAAUAGUCAGAAUAAAAAUGACUACGGGCACCAUAAUGAAAAUUGGGUUCAAGACAAUAACGGUAACACUGCCAGAUAUGAUCACCAUCAAAACCAACAAAACAGAAACCGCACAACCAAAAGUAACAGGAGUGACCAGACUCAUAAUCAUUAUGCAGGAGUGCAUCAAACCAAUCAGAUUCAUGCUAAUAGCCAUAAAUUCCAUGAUCACAAAAAUCAUCAAUGGGGUAAAGAAAAUGGAAUCAACAAGGAAUUGAUUUCUAUAAAUUCAUUGGGAAAGCCAGAGCAAAGAAGCAAAACGCAACAUAUGCUAGGAACAAAACCUCAAAGCGUUUCCAAUUUUCCAGCUUGGAUACCAUGGCAACCAGUUCAAACAAACAAUAAUAAUCACCAUAGCCAAACAGUUCAUGUAAAUGGUUACGAUCUUGGACACACACAGUGGUCCACGACAACAAUUGAUCCACUCAAUAACACUGACAUCGAACCAAUAGAACGUGAAUUAGUGCACUGA